GGUUGUUAACUUGUUAUCCUAUCGAUGAUUACAAUCUCGACCGACGGUGUACAAGGAAAUUGAAAUGAUAUAUGUGAAAAUGAAACCAUACCCAACGCAGAAAGUAAAACAUUUGGAGCUAUUUGGCUUCUGCAGUAGUGUCAUAAUCUGGUUCAGUAACAACAAUGGAGAAUCGGGUAGGUGUGUAAAUACACCAUAACUACGAUCAUUAAGCAGACCACAACCCUCAGCCACAUGAUAAAAUGCAACUACACAAACCAAUCUUCCAGACUCAUCUUCCACCACAACCAAGCUCACAGCUUUUUGCUCAGACCCAUCUUCCCCAUAAAACUCACCUUCCCUCAAUCUCUCUCUGCUUCCAUAAACCCACAACACCCGAAAGCUUAACCAGUUCCACCUGCAUUCUGACACAAACAGAGAAGAGAACCAAACAAGGGCAUUCUCCUUCUUCUUCUUGUUCUUAUUCUUCGUCUGGGUCUUGUAAUUCAUCUUUUAAUUCAAAGAUGGCGACAAUGAUGGCGAUCGAUCCGCACGUUGUCUGGACAUUCCUGGCUUCUUUAUUGGGUUUCCUUCUUCUCUUCCUUCUCCGUCGCCGGAAUUACGGUAAUGCCACCGCCAAGGACAAAGGAAAUGUUAAAAACAAGAACAAGACGAGCGAGGAUCAUGUUUCAGAAGAAUGUCUGAAGAGCUCCGGCACUGACGUCAUCAUCGUCGGCGCCGGGGUUGCUGGCGCUGCUCUUGCACACACCCUAGGAAAGGAGGGAAGACGUGUUCGUGUGAUUGAAAGAGACUUGACAGAGCCGGAUCGAAUUGUUGGGGAACUUCUCCAGCCCGGGGGGUACCUGAAACUGAUUGACUUGGGACUUGAAGAUUGUGUUGAGGAAAUCGAUGCUCAGCGAGUUCUUGGAUAUGCUCUUUUUAAGGAUGGGAAGAAUACUACGCUGUCCUAUCCCCUGGAACAGUUCCAUUCAGAUGUGGCGGGUAGAAGUUUCCACAAUGGACGGUUCAUACAGAGGAUGAGAGAAAAAGCUGCCACUCUUCCCAAUGUACAAUUGGAGCAAGGUACAGUCACAUCUCUGCUUGAAGAAAAUGGGAUAAUUAAGGGGGUUCAGUACAAAACCAAGGAUGGUCAAGAACUUCAAGCUCAUGCUCCACUUACGAUUGUCUGUGAUGGUUGCUUCUCAAAUCUGCGCCGCACUCUUUGCAAGCCUCAGGUAGAGGCGCCUUCUUGUUUUGUGGGAUUAAUUUUGGAAAAUUGUGAACUCCCAUUUAUAAAUCACGGGCAUGUUAUUCUAGCUGAUCCAUCUCCGAUCCUGUUUUACCAAAUCAGUAGUACAGAGGUCCGCUGUUUAGUUGAUGUGCCUGGCCAGAAAGUACCACCCAUCGCCAAUGGGGCAAUGGCUAACUAUUUGAAGAAUGUGGUAGCUCCACAGCUUCCACCUGAACUUCAUGAUCCCUUCGUAUCUGCAAUUGACAAAGGAAAUAUUAGAACUAUGCCGAAUAGAAGCAUGCCGGCCAAUCCACAGCCAACUCCUGGAGCACUUUUAAUGGGCGAUGCUUUCAAUAUGCGUCAUCCUUUAACUGGUGGAGGAAUGACUGUGGCACUAUCAGACAUUGUUAUACUCAGGGAUCUUCUUAAGCCAUUACGUGAUAUAAAUGAUGCUCCUUCGUUGUGCAACUACCUAGAAUCCUUUUAUACCUUGCGCAAGCCGGUUUCAUCUACGAUAAACACCCUGGCAGGUGCCCUAUACAAGGUGUUCUCUGCCUCCCCUGACCAAGCAAGGAAGGAGAUGCGCCAAGCAUGUUUUGACUAUCUGAGCCUUGGAGGUGCCUGUUCAACUGGACCAGUGGCUCUGCUCUCUGGUCUAAAUCCUCGCCCGCUGAGUUUAGUUCUCCAUUUUUUUGCUGUUGCGAUAUAUGGUGUUGGACGUUUGCUUCUACCAUUUCCUUCACCAAAACGCAUCUGGAUUGGAGUGAGAUUAAUUUGGGGCGCAGCAGGCAUAAUAUUUCCCAUCAUCAAGGCAGAAGGUGUGAGACAGAUGUUCUUUCCUGCUACUAUUCCAGCUUAUCAUAGAGCUCCUCCUGCUAACUGAGAUGCAAACAAUAAUAUCCAAGACCAAGAUCGAGUAAAGUGAUCUUCAGACUUGUUAUUUUCAAGAUUCCUGUAAUAUCAGCUCCUACCUGUAAAACUCCACAUUCGUGUAAAACUCCACAUUCGUGGAUCUUAUAGUGCCCAAUUCCAGAGAAAGUAAAAGCUGAGUAAUAUAUAUGUAAAAGAUUUGUAUUGAAAUUGCAAUGUACCUUUCUUACAUUUC